GCCAAACAAAGCUCCCGACCCUUCCUGUCCAAUCAUUGCUGGCCAUCGAGGCCUAGCCAUCUGGAUUACCUACCUUAUGUCACGCCCGUCGCUUUACACGACUUUUGAGGCUUCACCAUCCGCGACUUCGACACGCGCCCCCCCCGGUCCCCUGCCGGCCGACCAUCCAUUGCACCUCCUUUUUUUCCUUCUCCACGCAUCCAUUGGGCGCCUUUUUUGUCACUGCCGUUGCUGUGCCGCCGGUGCUUUCGCGACUCCAAAUCAAGGCCGAGCCCGGCUUGUGCAUUUGCUGCGAUUCAUUGUUUUUUUUUUGUCGGCCAAGACACACGCCUUGUUUAGCACCAACUAUUGCUGUACGCUUUUGCUUGUAAUUUACGAACAAGACAACACAUUUUCGAAUUGUAUCAGCCCACGUCAAAGUCUAUCAUGCCUUGGAGGUGGCGCCCUCUCCCAUGCCGCCUCACUCCUCUCUGCCCCUCCGAGACGGCAGGGCUGGACCUCCGCUUCCUUCUUCUUCCAACACGUUUGUCAACAGCAAUAGCAGUCAGCUCCACGAGCCGUAUUCAGAUGAAGACAUUGAGCUUAUCCACGAGAUCGUCGCAUUGGGAGAGUCCAUCUUCCCUACCCUACCAGAACGAGACAAACUACCUACAGAAGCCCUCUUCCGCGCGGCAGAGGAGAUCCUCCCCAACCAUGGCUACGAUCCAGAUGACCCUCCCUCCCACAUCUCGCGCCUCAUCUUUAAGAUUGGGGGGCAGCGAUCGGGGGAGACGCUCAGCCACAAGUUUAGAACCGUCUUAGAAGGAAUGGGUAUCAAACUUGAGUUUGUUCCGAGCAGUCCACCCACCAGACCUGACUCACUUCGAUCUUUUCCACUCACCGAGGAAGAAACCACGGUCGAACUCGAGCUUGGCACCACCCCUCGCCGGCAACAGUUGCCGCAGCAGAGGCGGCGAAGGCAUAGUUCUGUCUCCCGUCGAAGCGAUAGAACCGUUGUGUCGGAUGAAGGGACUUAUGAACUACCUAUUCGCGCACGAUCGCGACCGAGAUCUCACUCGGUAUCGUUCUUGGACGAACCAGGGCGUGACCAUUCGGACGACGAAUCAACGCGCCCGUUCAGCCGCUUGGGAAGGGACGGAAGAGUGGUCCACGCCGACCCACGGCCGGUACUCAAAGCAACGACAAAGGAAAACAUCAAGAACUGGAGCUCGGCCACGAGGGAAGCCACGAGGAACAGGGAAGCCCUGCGGCGCAUUACGAAUUGGCGCCGGGAAAACGAACAAGCGGGCAAUGACGAGUUGGAGGACGCGACUGAAAAUGCGGUAGAGAAUCAGCGACCCAAACAAAGCGGGCCGCACAUUCCAGCGCAUUUUCGCGCGGAUGUCCCGAUCAAGGAGGUUGUCAAUCUCCCGCGUGGUUUGGGAAGUGCCCGGCCACAUGCGACCACUGCCGGAAACGGUGUCAACAAAGGAAGGCCCGCAUCCCUUUCCACCAUUGCGGAUACUGAGCCGGUGUACGACUCGCCUCGCUCCGACGACAUCAUCAACGGAGCACGACGUGUGAGCGACUCGACCGCUCCGACCCAGGACGACGACCGGCCCCGACAGCAGGAAUCUUCCGCAUUGUCCCAUGGAGAUCGUUCCGCCGUGGAUAUCCAGGCCCUGGAGGCGAAAUUGGCGCAGCUCAAGAUGGCCGAGGACGAGGCACUCGUCAAGGAUGCCUUCAAGACGUGGGAAUACUACUUCCAAAUCGCCCAGGAUACGAAUCGUGAGCUCUUGGCCGUUGCCGAGGAUGUCGAGGACCGCGACCUCAAGAAUGAGGUCAUUGAGGUUUGGAAGGAAGAAUACUGGGCCCUCCUGGAGGAACAGGCCAAUAUCCAGGCGUUUGUCGAGCACCGGGAGUACACCGAGCGCAUGGAAAAACGCGCGACAAGGGUAUACGAGAUCUACACUGUUCGUACCACGAUCACGUUCUGGCACGACUUUGCGCUGGAUGAACGCGACCGGACCGCGGUAGCCCGAAGACAUCUGGUGCGCAAGAAAGCUUUUGAAGCCUGGCGCCAGCAGCUCAUCGAGGACGAGGCCAAGGUUACCAACUUUAUCCUGAUGCAUGCGCUGCAGAAAUGGAGCCAGACUACCCUGCUUUCCGAGGUUCGCCAUAGAGUGGCGAUCAAGACGGACCAGCAUGCCCUCAUCAAGGAAUGUCUGGGCAUCAUGCAGGAAACUCAAAAGAUGCAUCUUGCGGACACACUCUGGUCGGUUCGGAUCUUCAAGUUCAGCCUGACCAUCUGGCUCGACAGGGCGAAUGAUGCUAUGGAUCAGCACGAGCUAGCCAUUGACGUGGACGAGAGACUUGUGCUCGACGAGGCAACCGGCAUCUGGCACGAAGAAACCCUCUACCUCCAGGACACGGUCAUGGAAGCCACCGUCGAGGGACUGAGACAGGAAUGCUGCAGGACCAUGGCGUACUGGCAGGAGCAGGCAAGGCUCAAUAAACUUCUGAGAUGGUAUCAAGAUGCCGACGAGGAAGACACAAGGUAUCACGUUUUGGAUACGUGGUAUUCGGCUUUUCAAGGGGCUCUUCAGGAUACCGAAGAUGCUGACGCGAUUCUGCUCAGAGAAUUUCUCACCCGGUGGGAGAACGUGGCGAAGCUCAGGAUGUUUACCGAGCGCGAUGACCAGUACACGAUACUCGACGUGCUGUCGCAUUGGGCGAACGAGGAACGGCUCGGGUUCUGGAGACGUUACACGGACGAGUUGGCGAUGGAGGGAACGCUCAAGCAGGUGCAGGCUGCUGCUUUUAGGUCGCAGAACGAACGAGCGGUUGACGAACGAAAGGCCAUCAGCAUGGAUAACUAUUAUGUGUGGGGUGAUGUGGUGGAUGAGUGGUUGAUGGCGCUGGAUGUGGGGGUAGCCUGGAAGCAUCGACGGAAUGCAGAUGUGGUGAAUAUCUUUCGCACUUGCAGGCCGAUUGUGGAUAUGUGGCUGGAUUACCACUGGGCAAUUCUGGAGAGGGACCGUCGUGCUGCGAGACAGGCGGACAGCAUGGUCAAGCGUUUCCGUGUUAUUGGAACACUGGACAAGUGGCCGGUCAUUACGGAGAAGAAGCGAAGGGAGAGGUUGAUGAGCUCGCUGCGGCAGUUUCGGCGCGAUUACAAAGUCAAACUUGCGAGUUCCUGCUUGGAGUGGUGGUUUCACUUUGCUGGUGAUCAUGUGGACACUGGCAGAUAUGCUUAUGAUACCAAUAUUCACUAUGGGAGUGAGGAUAUCAACGGGCAACUCAAUCACUGGCUCGAAGUUGCAAGGACAGCCGGAGAUAUGCAGGAUGUGGCCGUGGACGCCGAAUUGGAAAUCCAUUGCAACAACUGGAUAGAGGAGCUGCACGAAGCCCAAGCAAACGCUGAGUAUGCCAUCAACUAUGACGAGGACAAGACUCUUGGUCAGUACUGGCAGGCUUGGGAGUUUGAGGCUCUGCAGCAGACAAGCCGGAACCGCAUGGCUCUCACGGUCAAGGAAAGAAACGACAAGCGUUGGUGCAGCCAGAUCUUGGACGAGUGGCAGCAGGAGGCCAAUCCGGAAAUGACACAGCUUGAUCCGAGAGCCAGCAUCAUGUCCCGCCGCAGCAACAGGAUUCGGACCCACGGGUCCGGAGAUGAUACCCUCGGCCCAGGCGGCUUCACAGCAAGCCAGCUGGUCACCGUCAACACCAGCACCCUCCCCGACCGUUCUCGCUUCUCCCGCCCUACCUACCCAGAAACACCCCGUGUUCCAACCGUCUCCCAACUCGGCCGCAACCCACUACCCUCUGCUCGCUUCUCCACUCGCUCCAGAAGUCUUGGCCCAAUGCUCGAAUUUGACGAGACUAGCUUCUUGCCUGAUGCUGAGACCAAUGAUCCUUGGUUCAUGAGCACUCCCACGAGAAGGACUAGCACUUUGCGGCCGUUGGGUUAUCGACCCACGACUACCCCGUCUGCUAUCCUCCCCAGCCCCUUGGAGCGGGGAUUGAGGAGUGAGUACGGCGCGAACGGUAGCUUGGGAAGUACUCCAGGGAUCAUCAGGUCGAGGCUGGGCCAGCCGCCGUUCAGGGGGAGCACGUUGAGGACGAGGGUCGAGUUUGCGGAUAUCAGUGAGGCUAGUGCUGAGGAUCAGUAGUCAUUCCUCUGUGGCGCCUCUCUGGUAUAGAUACGAUGUACGAGUCGCUGUGUGUGUUAUACAAGACGGGACUGGGUGUCUGUUUCUGGCGUCUUGUUUAUACAGUUUGUUUUUGUUGCUUUGAAAAGCUGGCUGCGUGGUUUGGUUUUGGAUAUACCCCAGGGCUCUCAAAAAGCAAAGGUUUUUUUCUUUCUCUUUCGGUGGAAAGUCUUUUUUUUUUCUUUUUUUCUUUUUAAAUAUGUGUUUAUUUUUGGGUUUGCAUGGCAUGGAUUGGCGGCAUUUUUUUUGGUCGACUACAACGGGAGACUCACAC